AUGGCAGACGACGCUCAGGUCAACGACCCUACUCAGGAAAAACUCAACAGUCCAAGUGUAUCGUCAGGAUCAACGAAGCCCGCUCAACAAAAUUCACCGCCAGCGCUCACCAUGCAGCAGGAAGGUCGAUUGAGACUAUUGACAUUUAAGGUAGAGACUCUGAUGGAGAUCUAUCAUGAACUACCGCAAGAUGUUGACAGCGAAGAGGACCUCACCUUAAAGGAAUUAGACGGGCAUAAGGAGAUAAUCGAGACAGAGUGGAAUGAAUAUGUUGGAAUUUAUGCCAUUCUAGUCGAGCAUCUCCCCCCUGAUCAUGAGUACGUCACCGAGGCGGUACAUGAGCGAGCCACAAGGACAAGAAGACAAGCCUUGAUGCUUAUCGCUCGACUGAAGGGUCAACUAGCAAGGAAGAAGGACUCAGCCAGUAGUUCAACCGAUCAGAAUCAAGCCACUCAACUCAAGCGUCUCGACAUUAAACCAUUCGAUGGGAAGCCUGAAGAAUGGAAAGAAUUUAGCGACCUUUUUCUAUCAUUGGUGGGAAAUAUUCCUUCGAUUCCAUCAGUACAGAAGCUGGUUCGACUGAAGGGAUGCCUAAGAGGUCCAGCAGCAACUCUCCUCUCGACCUUCCAAGUCAAGGACGAGAACUACAACAAAGCCUGGCAGAAACUCACCAAGAGGUAUGACGAUCCGAGGCUCAUUGCUCAAUCAUUGUUCAAUCAAGUUCUAGAGCUUCCGAAAAUCACCAGAGCAACAGCAGAGAACCUCAGCGCCAACACAGCAGUAGCCAUGGAGACUCUCAAUCAACUGCAUGAUGUGACGGGAUUGACACAGGAGAAUAUCCCCGAGCAAAUGAUAGCUCACUUGCUGAGAAGAUCACUCGAUGCCGAGACUCUGAAGGCAUGGGAGCUCAGGAUGGGAUUCUCCAAGGAAUUUUCCACUCUCAAAGAAUUAUCAACAUUUAUCGAGGCCUACACGAGAGGAGUCUACUCUGGCGUUAAUCUCAACUGA